GUGUAAAGGAGUGGAGUUCGAUCUCACAUCACUCUUCCCUCCUCCCCGAGUCCUUUCUAAACUCUCCCCCGGGUCUCUACCCUCCCAAACCUCUCCCCUUCUACCCUUACAACCCCAACCCUCCCCCCGAUCACCUUCCAGCGCACGAAUCAGAUCCAUCUCAGUGACCAAAGACCCCAGUUCUAUACGGACGACUACAUUUCAGUUGCAGUUAUGGACUCCGGUGUGAUUGAAGGAGGGCUCAAUGUCACCCUUACCAUUAGGCUGCUCAUGCAUGGCAAGGAAGUCGGAAGUAUUAUCGGAAAGAAAGGUGAAUCUGUGAAGAAGAUGAGAGAAGAGAGCGGGGCUCGCAUCAACAUCUCUGAGGGCAAUUGCCCUGAGAGGAUCAUUACUUUGGCAGGGCCAACCACCGCCAUCUUUAAAGCAUUCUCCAUGAUCAUAGAGAAGCUGGAAGAGGACAUAAGCAGCUCAAUGACAAACAGCACAGCUACCAGCAAGCCCCCUGUGACCCUACGCAUUGUGGUGCCUGCCAGCCAGUGUGGCUCCCUCAUUGGGAAAGGUGGCUGCAAGAUCAAGGAAAUCCGAGAGUCAACCGGUGCUCAGGUACAAGUGGCAGGAGACAUGCUCCCCAACUCCACGGAGCGCGCCAUCACCAUCGCUGGUACUCCUCAGUCUAUAAUUGAGUGCGUGAAGCAGAUCUGUGUGGUCAUGCUUGAGUCUCCGCCUAAGGGGGUCACUAUCCCCUACCGGCCCAAGCCUUCAGGAUCUCCCGUCAUCUUUGCAGGCGGACAGGCAUAUGCCGUACAAGGACAGCACGCGAUUCCACAGCCAGAUUCUUCCUCUGCUGCUAUCUCUCCACAGCUCACCAAGCUUCACCAGCUGGCUAUGCAACAGAGCCCCUUCCCCAUCGCACCAAGCAACCAGGGAUUCACUGGGAUAGAUGCUUCUGCUCAAACCAGUUCCCAUGAGAUGACCAUUCCAAAUGAUCUUAUUGGGUGCAUCAUUGGCCGCCAGGGGGCCAAGAUCAACGAGAUCAGGCAAAUGUCAGGUGCCCAGAUUAAGAUUGCGAAUCCAGUGGAUGGAUCAACCGACCGCCAGGUCACCAUCACCGGCUCACCUGCCAGCAUCAGCCUGGCAGAGUACCUCAUCAACGCUAGGCUUUCCUCUGAGGCCACAGGACUGGCAGCCAACUGAUAAGACACUGCAUCUGCACUAAAUCUCACUUUUAUAUCAUCGGCUACCAUAAAGCAGUCAAUGCAACUAUUCAACUUAAGAGUUUAUAUAUUAUACCGCCUCUUCCUCAUUUGAAAUCAUGUCAACCGCCACUGAUUUGAUGCGCUGCAUUCAUUAUUUAUUUUGUUUUUUGGUUUUACUCAAAAGAAGCAAACAAUUAGGUUUUAAAUUCCCUUUUUGAGUCAAGUUGGAGAUUUUAAUGAGUUAUUAGAUUAAUUUUUUUAUUUGUUUCGAUGGAUCCCUCGCUCUCUUCCCUUUUUUCUUUCUUUGUCAUCCCAGAGGAUUAGAGUUGGAAAAACUCUUAAUAGGCAUAUAGAUUUAGUUCUGUACAGUCAGGUUUUCUUUAAAAAGGUAAAAUAAAAAAAGUAUCAAAAAUAAGAAUAGAGUGACUGUUUUAUUCUGUGUUUAUAUACCACGCGACCCUUUUUUUCCCCCUUACUCAGUUCAAAAGUCGUUCUACCAACUUGUAUGUCCACAUGCUUUAGAUAUACAGUAUUAGCCAAAAGUUUGGACACAUCUUCCCAUUCUCUUUAAUGAGAAAGUGUGUCCAAACUUUUGACUGGUGUUGUACACUCCCCUUAAUCCCCUUUCCAACUUAAGUGCUCGUGUCACUGAGAAUACGUAGCUGUACAUGCAUGGUCACCGAGUAUAUUGGUUAUGAUGACAAAUGUUCGAACACAAUUGAAUUUAUCCACAUUAUUUAAAAUGUGUAUUGCUACACAUGUCACUAUUUCCUCCCUCUACAUGUCAUUCCUAUGUUCCCCACUCCUGUUCCUGAGAUCAUGUGUUGAUAUUUUGCUGGGAUGGGAGGUUUUUGGGGGAUUUGGGCUCGGCUUUAGGGAUCAGAAGCAGAGGGUUCUCCUCGCUUUUUUUGUAAAGACUGAUAUAUACUAAAAAUGAAAAAAAAAAGUUGGAAUAUUUGUUUUAAAUGGAGGAAAUAUUUUUUUUAACUACCAAAGGGGGGGGGGGGGGGGAUUAACUCCUGGACACUGAUCUGUCUAUUAAAUGUGAUGAGGCUGAGAACUGAAUCAUUUAAGCUCUGGAACUAGACAAAGAAAGGGUUGUGAGUUAACACUAGUUUCCUGCUCUUUGCUUUGCUCAAGUCAGAAUUUUAUUUUUUAUUUGCAGGAAAGAAAACUUUUGUGCACGUUUUUUGAGACUGUAGACCCGGGUGCCACAACAUUGUUAAAAAAAUACAGAAAUAAAGAUGUGAAUUGCUCAAACCACAAA